CGUUACUCGCUACGCGUUAUCUCAAAUCCAUCAUCGAUGCAUCUCGCAUCUCUAUGUAUCGUCCAAUUCUAACACAAGCAGUGAGGCCUUGAACUUACAUAAGGCCCAAGGCUUGGCAUGGACACGACACCAACUUGAACGAGGGACAGACACUGACGUACAUGGUCUGGUGGCAAACAUCUGGGUUUGUUUUGUGGUACUACUAGUCACUGGUGAUGCCGCCGUCCGGCCGCGGAUAUCGAUUGCGUCAUCACAGCUCGUGUCUCUCUUAGUCACUCGUUGAAUCAGUAAGCCAACUUGAGACUGAGGUAUAUAAAGCCAUUUCUUUCUCCUGAGUUCCACUAUCGCCAACUCAGUUAUAUCUAACAUCAUGACCCAAUAUCCUACACGCAAAAUUGGCACCGACGAUGUCUCUGCCAUCGGCUUUGGCGCCAUGGGCAUGGGAGCGUAUUACGGUCAGACUGGUUCAGAUGAGGAGCGCUUAAAGGUUCUGGAUAAAGCGUAUGAGCUCGGUUGUACUUUCUGGGACACUGCCGAUAUCUAUGGAGACAGCGAAGAGCUCAUUGGCAAAUGGUUCAAGCUGAACCCCGAAAAGCGCAGCAAAAUCUUUAUUGCUACCAAAUUCGGUAUCAUCAUCAGUGGAUCUGACGGUAGAGGCGUUGAUGGGUCUCCAAAAUAUGUCCACGAGUCAUUUGCGAAAUCACAAAGGUUGCUUGGUGUUGACAAGAUCGAUCUUUACUACUUGCACAGACCUGAUCACCAAACACCAAUCGAAGAAACUGUCGGUGCCAUGGCAGAACUUGUUAAACAGGGGAAAGUGAAAUAUCUCGGGCUGUCAGAAUGCACUGCGGAUACGUUGCGCCGUGCCCAGAAAGUGCACCCUAUCGCUGCCGUCCAAGUGGAAUAUUCGCCUUUCACACUCGACAUCGAGGACUCAAAGCUCAACAUCUUAAAUACGGCUCGCGAACUUGGAAUCAAAAUCAUUGCCUACUCGCCACUUGGGCGUGGUUUGAUCACGGGACAGUAUAAAUCUCCAGAUGACUUCGAACCUAAUGACUUCAGGAGGAUGAUUCCCAGAUACUCAAAGGAAAACUUCCCGAACAUCUUAAAACUGGCAGACGACCUCAAGAAAGUAGGCGAGCAGUAUAAUGCUACUGCUGGACAGGUCGCGUUGGCGUGGCUUCUUGCCCAAGGUGAAGAUGUCAUCCCCAUUCCGGGUACAAAGAAGGUCAAGUAUCUCGAGGAGAAUCUCGGUUCUAUCAAUGUGUCGUUGAGUCCUGAAUCAGUUCAGGAAGUACGUGUCAUUGCGGAGAAGGCUGAUUGGGUGGUUGGGGAUCGCUAUCCUCCGGCGGCCAUGAAGGCGCUGUAUGCAGAGACCCCACUUCCGAAGAGCACCUGAACUG